AUGACGACCACAAGGGCAAAUGCUAGAAGGAAUGAGGAAGACGUGGUGGAUCAAGAGGUUCCUCCCCAAGCUCCUCCUCAAGCUUCAAUUGAUCCUUUAGUUGAGAAUGUUACUCAUGCGGAGUUUAGGUCGGCUUUUCAAGUUUUGGAUCAAGCCAUGAAGGCACAAGUUAAUAGGGAGAAAAAGAGACAAGGUUCUUCUAAUGCUCCUAACUAUAAGGAAGAGAGGGUGUCUAACCCUAAGCCACCUGGAAUUAGUGAUGAGUCCCUAUGGCCUACUUGUGCUAGGAGUGGAAACAGACAUGAGGGUAGAUGUUUAGCCGGUAAGAAGGGUUGUUCUAGUUAUGGUGAGAGUGGUCACAAAAUGCGGAAUUUCCCCAAGGCAAAGGCUAAAGGAAGAGAUGAUGCUCCUAAGUUCAACCAAGAGAGGGUGUCUAACCCUAAGCCUCAAAGAGAUGGUAGUGGGGUUUUAUUACCAGCAUGUAGUAAGUGUGAUAGAAGGCAUGACGGUGAAUGCUUAGCUGGUUCCAAUGUUUGUUUUGGUUGUGGAAACCUAGGCCACAAGAUAAGGCAUUGCCCUACAAUUUCUAGAAAUGAGGGAGAUAGUCGUCGUAUAUCUCAACCCUACCCUUCAUCCGGUCCAAUUGGUUUAGGUGUGAAUGCCCCUAAGCAAAACUGGUUUUAUUCACUUCAAGUUAGAGGUGAAGAAGAGUGUGCUCCCAAUGUGGAAACGGGUAUGUUGAUAGCUUCUUAA